CUCAAUACACAAAGGGUUUUUUCCCCUUAAUUAUUAAACCCAUCAAAAACCCUCUUUUGCUUUCUGGAAAACGUUCUCUCCAUCCUCCAGAGUCCAGAAAUCAAUGCUCCUAUCCUUCUCUCCGCCAUCGGUUUUACCUCAGAAGUUUGUCUUCCCUGGGCUUGAAGGGGAGCGGAGGCCAAAUGGGUUUUGGACUGGCGGGCGGAGCCAAAGGCGGGGCUGUGUCGUUAUGGCGGGUCCAAAGAAGAUAUCUUUCGGGAGAGAAUGCAGAGAAGCAUUGCAGGCCGGGAUUGAUAAGCUGGCCGAUGCUGUCUCUGUCACCAUUGGACCCAGAGGACGAAAUGUUGUCCUUUCCGACUCCGGAGAUUUAAAGGUGAUAAACGAUGGUGUGACAAUCGCUCGAGCGAUAGAACUCUUGGAUUCAACUGAGAAUGCAGGAGCAAUGCUGGUCCAAGAGGUUGCUGGAAGAAUGAAUGAUAUGGCUGGUGAUGGUACAACCACAGCGAUUAUUUUGGCUCGAGCGAUGAUUAAAUCGGGUUUAUUGGCGGUUUCCUUUGGGGCUAAUCCGAUUUCUAUGAGAAGAGGAAUGGAUAAGACCGUCAAAGAAUUGGUCAGGAUCUUGAAGGAGAAGACUUUUCCCGUAAAAGGGAGGGAAGAUAUCAAAGCUGUGGCCACUAUCUCCGCUGGAAAUGAUGAAUUUGUGGCGAACCUGAUAGCUGAAGCUAUAGAAAGGAUAGGCCCUGAUGGAGUUAUCUCCAUUGAGUCAUCCUCCUCAUCCUCCUCAUCUGUUAUAGUUGAAGAAGGAAUGAAGAUUGACAAGGGCUAUAUGUCUCCCCAUUUCAUCACAAACCAGGAGAAGUCCAUAGUGGAGUUUGACAAUCCUAAAGUCCUUGUGACUGAUCAGAAAAUAUCUGAUGUCAAGGAAAUAGUCCCUUUGCUAGAGAAGGCAAACCAAUUAAGUGUUCCUCUGCUGAUCAUUGCUGAGGACAUCUCAAGGGCUGUGCUGGAAACCCUUGUAGUCAACAAAAUGCAAGGCUUAAUUAAUGUUGCUGUUGUCAAAUGUCCUGGAUUUGGAGAUGGAAAGAAGGGUCUUUUGCAGGAUAUUGCUCUGAUGACAGGUGCUGAUUAUAUCUCUGGAGACUUGGGUCUAACCCUCGGAGGUGUGACCUCGGAUCAGCUUGGCAUUGCAAGAAAAGUUACCAUAAGUGGUAAUUCAACGAUAAUAGUUGCUGAUCCUUCAACUAAAGCAGAAAUCCAAGCAAGAAUAUUGCAGAUUAAGAAGGAUAUGACUGAGACUGACAGUGGUUAUCAUUCGAGAAAGCUCGCUGAAAGAAUUGCCAAACUUACUGGCGGUGUUGCUGUAAUUAAGGUUGGAGCCCAUACUGAGAUAGAACUCGAAGACCGGAAGCUCAGAAUUGAAGAUGCAAAGAAUGCCACAUUUGCUGCGGUGGAUGAGGGAGUAGUUCCUGGCGGUGGUGCCACAUACAUCCAUCUUUUGGAGCAUAUUCAUGUUAUAAGGAAUCUCAUGGUUGAUGAAGAUGAGAAGAUUGGCGCUGAUAUUAUAGCAAUGGCACUCAUUGAACCUGCUAAAGCAAUUGCAGCUAAUGCGGGAGUGGAUGGAGAUGUUGUGGUGGAGAAAACCCGAGCUGGUGGUUGGCGAAUUGGGUACAAUGCUAUGACUGGGGAAUAUGAAGAUCUUCUCGAUGCAGGAGUAAUUGAUCCUUGCCGUGUUUCGAGAUGCGCGCUGCAGAGUGCAGUCUCUAUUGCAGGGAUAGUUCUGACAACUCAAGCUGUGCUCGUGGAGAAAAUAAGGACGCCUAAGCCAGCUGUCCCUCAUGUUCCUGGGAUAACUCCCUAAUCAGAGGACUUUCGACUGUUCCUUAAGAAAAGCCAGAUUCAUCAAUCGAGUUGGCGCAGUUUUGAAUACUGAUGAUGGGAGACGACUUCUUGCUUGGAGGAUCUUCAUCCAUCUUCCACAUCCAGCCUGAAGAUUGUGCAUGUAGAGAACAGGACCUUUGUUCUCCAAUCCUGACUAAUGAGAAAAGGAGAAAGUGCUCUGCCUCCUCAUGAGAUCACCUAGGAUAUAUUUUCCCGGUACUCAGUCAGGAAUCAUGAAUUCCCGCAAUUACAAGGCUUCAACUUCUGAUGGUCAGGCUGUUUGAGUGCUUAUCGAGUCACAAGCUGCCACAAGUUCUAUUUAAAAUAUUAAGGGGUUGAUCAGAGGGAAGCAUCAGAAAAGGUUGACAUCUUCGUUUUGUUUAAUGUGUCCUGGAUAUCAAUAUACGAAAUAUACGCCCAGCUGACGGUUCUAUACGCGUCUUACUAGGCGCAAUUGGUUAGGUUUGGAGAUUAGCAGUCAAAAAAUUUUCAGACGCCCAACCUACCUCUCUGAUGACUGUCUUUUUGAAAUUCGGGAGUUUUAAGGUUUGACUGGUUGUUUGAUUGCAUUCAACUCCCUUUACUAUGUUAAGUAUGAUUCAUGUCAGGAAAAUGAAGGUUGGUUGGUUAGUGAUCUGUCCACAUCCACCUUCCCCUUCCUAUUGCGUUACGCCGUCUCGCUCGAGCAGGAGAACAAUGAGGAAGCAGUAGAUAGGUAUGAUGUUAAAUUCUGACACGGUAUGUGUGUUCAAGGCAGAUGACACGUAUAUUACAUUAAGAUGACCUAUGUCCUAUGUAAGCAGAGGCUAUUAGUGC